GAAGCACACCUUUCCUAAGGAUUUUGACUAAUGAGAAUGAAGAUAAACUGGUGCAUCUGACAAGCCUUAGAUGGCCACUAGCAACUUCAGUUCUCACCGAAUUACUGCAUUUCAGCCUUACUGAGAAGCAUCCAGUCAUACUAUCCUCAAAUUUUAACCCAGGAUGAGUUCUCCUACUAAAGAAGGAAGUGAUACAGCUGGAAAUGCUCACAAAAAUUCUGAAAAUGAGCCUUCUAAUGACUGUAGUACAGACAUAGAGUCUCCAUCUGCUGAUCCCAAUAUGAUCUAUCAGGUAGAAACCAACCCAAUGAACAGGGAGCCAGGCACAGCAACCUCCCAGGAAGAUGUUGUUCCUCAAGCAGCAGAAAACAGUGAGCUCGAAACAGAGAUCCAAAAAGAUCAACGAGAAGAAGAUAUGAAAGAAGAGUCCCUUCUACUUCAGAUCCCCAUUCCCAGAAAAUUGGUCUCUCACAAGCCCUUAAAUGAUAGAUCAAGAUCCCACUCAGGGAAAGUUGAGAUGAAAGCAAACAAUUUCCCCAUAAAUUACAAAACUCGUUUUCGACUUUCAACUUCAUGGAGAGUCCCAUUUUUUAACAGUCAUGAGAUAAGAAGUAUGAUUCUCCGUCUGCUAUGUGAUAAAUAUUUCUCUCAGGCUGCAGGGUGUCAGAAUACUAUGUGGGUAAAGCGAAAAUAUAUAGCAUGUCUACAUCCAAAUAGUUUCACCCAUCACGAGAGAGCCAUAACAUUUAGAAGGGCUUUGAGGGAGCACUACUACCGUCCCCUCACUGAGAGAAUGACAUCAGGAAAAUUUUGCAAAUCAACUGACACUAAAGGGAAAUGUAGAUUCCGUGCUAUUGUGAGGUCUAUGCUCUUUGUGUCACAGAUGGAAAUUCAAAGUUUUAUUAUUAGAAAAGGUUUUGUGGAUAUAUUGAGAUAUACCCAUACCAUGAAGAUUAUGAUCAUAAACACCAAUAAUGGUUGGAAAUACUUUUGUCCCAUCUGUGGAAGGCUUUUUGACACUGACUCUGAAUUAAGAGAACAUUCAUGCAGCUCUUCUGGGAAUUAAGUUAAAUUGGGGUAAAUUCAUUUUAAAAUAUAACUUCUAAAAUUCAUAAUUUGACUACUAAAGUAAGACAAAAUUGCAUGAACAUAAAUUUUAGUAUUAUUAGAGGGAGUAGCAGAAAGGAACACAAACUAAUAGUACCUCUCAGUAAGAAAUACCUAUGGGGAGUGAGGAAACGUCUGUUUAUACUUUGCUUUCACAAGUACAUCAUUGAAAUAUCAGACCUGUCAUCUAUAUUGAGUCAGCAUUUGAACCAAGUAAAUGUUUUCACUGUCUUAACAUCUAUUUCUGUAGAUGUAAAUAUUGUUAACAUAAAAGAAUCCAAGUUAACAGGAUCCUGACUAAGAUAGCAAAGAUAUAUUGGAAGG